AUGUUGGUUGGAAACAUCUAUGUUAUUGCGGGCAUCGCCGUCGUCGGCGGUGCCCUCUUUGGCUUUGAUAUCUCUUCCAUGUCGGCUCAGCUGAAUGAAAACUCCUACAAGUGUUAUUUCAACCAGGGUCCCUCGGGCCCUCCCUUUAACAAUGACGACCACUGCUCCGGCCCGAAAUCGCUUGUUCAAGGAGGUAUUACCGCAGCCAUGUCGGCCGGUUCCUGGCUGGGCGCCUUGAUAUCUGGGCCGCUGUCCGAUCGCAUAGGUCGGAAGAAAUCCAUCAUGGUCGGUUGUAUAAUCUGGAUAAUUGGGUCGACGAUUAUGUGUGCCUCCCAGAACAUUGGUAUGCUCGUCGUGGGCCGAGUGAUCAACGGUCUCAGUGUAGGUAUCGAAUCUGCCCAGGUCCCCGUCUACAUCAGUGAAAUGUCCCCUCCAUCAAAGAGAGGCCGUUUCACAGGUAUACAGCAAUGGGCAAUUACCUGGGGUAUUCUGAUCAUGUUCUAUAUCUCAUAUGGGUGCUCCUACAUUGGUUCGCGCACCUCCAAUGGAUAUAGCACGGCAGCGUGGAGAAUUCCCUGGGGUUUGCAGAUGAUUCCAGCUGUUUUCUUAUUCUUUGGCAUGCUCAUUCUCCCGGAAUCGCCGCGGUGGCUGGCUCGGCAGGAUCGCUGGGAAGAUUGCCACAUGGUCCUGGCGAAGGUUCACUGCAAGGGAGAUAUGAACCACCCAUUUGUCGCGCUUGAAAUGCAGGACAUCCGAGACAUGUGUGAAUUUGAACGCCAAUUCAAGAAUGUUACGUAUCUUGACCUAUUCACGCCGAGAAUGUUGAACCGCACCAUUAUCGGUCUCUUCAUGCAGAUUUGGUCUCAGUUGACCGGCAUGAACGUCAUGAUGUACUAUAUCACAUACGUCUUCUCCAUGGCAGGCUAUUCCGGUGAUUCGAACCUGCUGGCCUCUUCCAUCCAGUACAUCAUCAACGUCCUCAUGACCCUUCCAGCUCUGAUCUGGCUUGAUCGCUGGGGACGACGACCAACUUUGAUCGUCGGCGCAAUACUGAUGGCUACGUUUAUGUAUGCUAAUGGCGCUAUCAUGGCCGUCCAUGGCGAGGUCGUCCCCGGUGGGAUCGAUGGAGUCGCCCAGCAGUCGAUGAAGCUUCACGGCAGUGCAGCAAAGGGUUUAAUCGCCUGUACCUAUCUAUUUGUCGCAUCCUAUGCGCCUUCCUGGGGCCCCGUCAGCUGGGUAUAUCCUCCGGAACUAUUUCCAAUGCGUUUAAGAGGAAAAGGAGUGGCGUUGAGUACCUCAGGAAACUGGGCAUUUAAUACGGCUCUGGGGCUCUUCACCCCCCCUGCAUUUGCUAACAUUCGGUGGCAGACGUAUAUCAUUUUUGGAGUGUUUAACACCGUAAUGCUAAUCCACGUGUUUUUCUUCUUCCCUGAGACAGCUGGGAAGACAUUGGAGGAGACCGAAGCUAUGUUCGAAGAUCCUAAUGGACUGAAGCAUAUUGGCACUCCGGCUUGGAAGACACGGGUGACGACGCAUCAGGUUCAACAGCUGGAGAGAGGUGAUGUCGAGGCGAAAGUACGGCAUGAACCGGUGACUCAGGAGGUAGAGGUGGCUCAACCUGAGUUUAAGAGUGCGUCGUAG